AUGGGCCUUCAUCACUGCAUCCAGCUCUGUACGGGUAAUGGCUCGGCUGCCGCGGCACAACCGAGAGAUGAUGGCAUGAUGAGCUCCAAGCUCUACCUUGCCAUCUGUGGGGGAAGACUUAAUGAAGAAGCCAUGGCGCUGCUCGAUGCUGAUCAUGUCGCUGGCAAAUACAAGGUGAGCGCGGAGAGAAACAACUUUCUUCAUUUGGCGGCGGAGCGAGGGCACGCCAAGCUGAUCCGAGAGCUCUACACCAGGUUCGGUCACAGCAGCUUGCUCUCUUCCCAGAACUCGGCUCUGGAUACGCCGCUGCACUGCGCGGUGAGGGCGGGGCAUGGCAAUGCCGUAACUGUCCUCGUCGAGCUGGCGCGGGAUAGCGGAGAUGAUAGUGUCCUGGGAUGCAAGAACGAGGCCGGAGAAACAGCCCUGCAUCUCGCGGCGAAGCUCGGCCAUGCCGCAGCGGUUGAGGCCAUGGUCUCCAAGGCGCCGAAUCUUGCCUCCGAGGUUAACUACGCCGGCGUGUCGCCGCUCUACCUGGCGGUGAUGAGCAAGUCGGUACCCGCUGUGAGAGCGAUAACCACCAGUUGCAGCGACGCGUCGGCUGCCGGGCCGAGCUCGCAGAAUGCUCUCCACGCCGCUGUCUUCCAGGGCAAAGAAAUGAUCGGGCUGCUACUGAAUUGGAAUCCAUCCCUGGCCAGUGAAGCAGACGACAGUGGCAGCACUCCGCUCCACUUUGCUUCGUCCGACGGCGAUAGCUCCAUCGUAGGUGCCAUCCUGCGCGCGGUGCCGCCAUGUACGGUCCGCAUACGGGAUAGCGGCGGCCUCUCUGCUCUGCACAUCGCGGCGGGGAUGGGCCACGACGGGGUAGCCAAGGCACUGAUGAAAUGGUGCCCGGACGCCGCCGAGCUCCGGGAUGACCGCGGCGGAACCUUUCUGCACGCCGCGGCGAGGGGAGGCCAUCUGGAGGUCGUCUCGCUUGCCACCAAGAAAUCGAUGCUGGGUCAUUCACAUCUUUCCCGCGGCCUCCUGAACUCGCAGGACAGGGACGGCAAUACGCCGCUCCACCUUGCGGUGGCCGCACGCGCGCCCAGGGUGGCAGAGAAACUGCUGUGUACUGGUAAAGUGCGAGCAGACGUUAUGAACAACGACGGUGACACGCCGUUGGAUCUCUCCGCAAGAUCCACCAGUUUCUUCUCCAUGUUGGGCCUGAUGGUGACACUGGCUGCGUUCAAGGGACAGACUCGUCCUCAGAGGCAGGACCACGCAGAGAAAUGGAACGGCUACGGCAUUACAAAAGGGAUGGAGAAGACGUCGGACAACCUCGCGGUGGUCGCCGUACUCAUCGCCACCGUGGCCUUCACCGCCACCAACAACGUGCCCGGGGCGUACGAGCAAGCCGACGACGACACCCACGGCAAAAUGUUCUUCAAAGGCAUGGCCGUCCUACAGCGCAAGGACCUCUUCAAAUGCUUCCUGGUCCUCGACAGCUUUGCCCUGGUCACCUCCGUGAUCGCCGUGGUCCUGCUCGUCUUUGGGAAGGCGUCGCGCUCCGCCGGGUCGUGGAAGACCUUCGCGGCGGCGUUGCACUGCCUAUGGGCUUCGCUCAUCAGCAUCAUCGUCGCCUUCUACGCGGCUCUGUCGGCCGUGACGACCACGCGGGCAGUCAGCAUCAUCGCCUACGCCAUCAUCAUCUAUGGCUUCGCGGUGCUCUACUACACCGUAUACAGUCUCAUCGCGCCUCCUGUGUCCGUGUGGACAGUUUGGAAGGUUAUAUGGCGCAAAGGGAGGAACAGUAUCUUCACGGGACGUAUCAGGCAGCAGCAGUAUCCUAUCGCCAGCGCCUACGCCUUCAACCUGCUUGUUUUCAAGACGAUAGCUAACCUCGGGUUCAUCGGUGCUAUCGCAAUCUCUUUCUUAAGCGAAUAUGCCAAGACCCAGGCGAGGCAUUCUGGAGCACCUGCACCCUCCUCUCUUCUCACCUAA